UGCUCAGGUCUCGGUGUACUUCCCACGGCUGCCACAGUCAUAUUCAGGACCCCAUUCUUGGCCUACAGCGCAGUCAGCACCAUUAUUCUAAUAACUACGAGCCAUUAUCCAAUCGCACACCCACAACCUUCACACUACAGUUACAAUCUUCACUCCCUGCGUAUACAAACCAGUCAUCCUGCGUGCUUGCCCGCAAUGACUAAAUGCUGUUUCGUGAAAUACUGCCCCCUUUUAUUGUGCAUAGUGCCAGAUGCAGACUCUACACAGAACAGACAAGCGUAGAAAAAACAUAAGCCAGGUCCAAAGCAAGCUACUAAGGUGGAGCAUUUGAAUGAUGAAACAGCAAGAAGUCGGUUUGCCAAGAUAGUAAAGGUUAGUCGCUGCGUACUGUAUUAACAAGCACAAACACAACGUCUGCUGCAUUACUAGCGAGCUGGAUCAAACACAUUUCCCCCCUCUAAAGCAGAGUAAGGGUGGGUUUUGUUGUCUUGUGAAAUGCGAUAUUUGUUUUCCAGGUUAUAAUCGUAAAGCAGUCGUGGCUUAAACAGUGCUGCUGACGAAACUGGUUUUUAAAGAUCUCUGUUGUAAAACAGAGUGCCAGGAGAAACAGGCAGGUGGCGUAGUGGGAGUAGUCAUUUGCAUUUUGCUUUCAUGCAAGUUAAGGGCAUUAACAAUCUCAGAAAGCAAAAUUUAGUUUAAACGAUCUUCAGUGUCUUUUUAUUGCAAGGCCACUAUAGUCUGUAUCACUGUAUCAUGCAAAUGCAAAGAAAGUCACGCACGAUCGUGUUAUAGACCAUUAAAUAAAUCUUAACAUUGUUCUAAAGGCAGACUAAACUGAUGCAAAAUAUUAUUUUAGAAAAAUGAUACAACUUAUUCCAAACAAGAUGACAACUUCUUUUACAACAUAAUAAAUAUGCGAGUUACGACAAAAUAAACUGUGAUGAAUCUUGUGCUUCCUAAAGCUGUUGUGUUAAACUGAUUUAAUUGCGUCAACCUUUAAACUUUAAGUGUUGCAAAAUCGUUCUUUUUCUCCCUCAGGUUUUCAGCAGAUCCUACAUCACCCGCUUUCCUUCUCUCGUGGGUCUCGUUGGGUCCCCAGGGCCCCGGUUUUCGAACCCUAUGUCGAGCCAAAGGAGGUGAAUCUUUUAUUUAUGCCCUUUGUAUAAACGCUCGCUCGUUUAACGGAGCGUGGAAGAGUGAAGUGCAGAGCUCUCACAACACAAUCACAUUCGUCUUUUUUAUGCUGUGUUUACAUUCUUAACUUUUUCCGAACGAUGACUAUACACAAACGGGGCCGUGACAGAAAGUGUAUGCGGCUUUUUGACAGAGCCACACACAGGCUGCUUGGUGUGUGCGGCUCGCGCUCUGCAGCGGUCCCUCGGGUAGGCAGUUGCGAUGAACUGGAUGUCAACAGAUGCAUAAGGGGGCUGUCGAAGUUUGAGAGCCGCAGCACACCGGCGCGCGCCUGCCGCGGCCACAGGGGGGCGAUCGAGGUCUUUCCGCGCUGCGCAAACGUGCCUCUCGCGGCGGAGCGCAGCUCCCCAAUAACACGAGCACAAUGGUCAACGGGCGAGACUGAGCGGCAGACAGAUGCGCGCUGCGCAUACUUACCUAAGGCUAUUUCACAUGGCAUCCUAAAACUUUGAUACAUCUCGAUUCUGACGCCGCUCGCGUGAUUUAUGGAGCCGCGCAGCACGCUCUCGGUAGCAGCACCUGCUUUUUGGUGAGUGCGAGUCCAGGCUUAAUGCAGCGGUGCAUGUUUUUUGGGGAGGGGGAGAUGGGCAGGUGAUGAGAGAUCCUGUUGAAUAAAGACCCGACGGCGAGCCGUGGCCGAAACUGUCAUCCCUCGAAUGCGAUCGCACCUGACUGUUGAGGUGUCAUGUUCUGCGUUUGGCUACGUCGAGGAAUAUCUGAGCGAGAGGGAAAUUUGGACAAACCUGGGAUGUACGUCCUCAGCCAUCUCUAGCUUGUUAUAUUGAGGGUGGAAGCUGAGAAGACAUCCUCAUAUCAUUUCCUACCUGUUGCUGGUGUCAAGCGGAUUCAGUGAUUCAUUCAUAGAAACCGAAGGGGCAGAGGACGGAACAAACCUACACCCCACCCUUCCCUCGCAGCGAAGAUGGGAACCAGCGAUUUCAUAGGCGAAUAAAGUCUCUACCCAGCACCUCAGAUAACGGAGCUCUCCUCCUGCAUUCGGUUUCCUUUUGGAUAACGCAGGCGCGCGCCGCGCACAUGGAUUCUAGAACUGUUGGACACCUUUUUCUCACGAUGAUGAUGGUCACGAUGAUGGUGAUGUCACCAGAAGCGCGUCGCUUCUCCACAAUUGUAAAGUCCAAUUACAACAAGUAAAAGUGCACCGAAAGAGCUCAAAGCACUUCCGAAGGCAGCGGACCUAGAGUGCCAUUAAAGUGCAUUUAUGAACUUGCUGAGGCCGUCUUUUGCUCAGCCUCGUUCUUCAGCCCGUUUCCCAUCAUUCUGAACGCUUCGUAGUUUGAGAAGAUGGAGUUUGCUAUGGUGGGUGCGGACAGCGGGGGCUGCAACACCCACCUGCCCUAUGGAUAUGCCCAGGCUCGCGCCAGGGAGAGAGAGCGCGAGCGCGAGCGGCAGUCUCGCGCGGCGGCGGCGGCGGCGGCAGCCGAAGCCGGAACGGUCGGAGAGGGAGGUGGGUCCAGCGGCCAUCCCCACAACCAUCCGCAUCAGAGUCGCACCGCCUCUUCAACGAAUGCCAACAACAGUAGCGCCGGGACCGCCUCGCGCCCCUCCUCCUCCUCCUCCUCCUCCCAACAGCCGCAACAGCAACAGCAGCAGCAGCAGCAACACCACGAGCCGCCACAGCAACUUCUCCGAGAGCGAAAAAAGCAACGAGGCGUCGCGCGCUGGAGACGGAACCGCGCGGCACUCGGCGGGGAUCUACGCCACUCAGAGUUGGCGCUCCUAGGGUCCGAGGAGGACAUAAUGAUCGAGGAGGACGAGGCGGAGGGCGAGGAGGAAGAGGAGGACAGGGCAAGCAAGAGGUCGAGUUUUGUCUAUAACAUGGAUGAUGAAGAGGAGACGGUCUCGUUAACGGACAGGCGUCCUCAAUCAGGCUACGAAAAUGUUUACAACGAGUACGGCUGCUGCGAGAGAGUUGUCAUCAACGUGUCAGGCUUGAAGUUUGAGACCCAGCUGAAGACUCUCGCGCAGUUCCCGGACACUCUCCUGGGGGACCCUGAGAAGCGAAUCAGGUACUUCGACCCUCUGCGUAACGAAUACUUCUUCGACAGGAAUCGACCGAGCUUCGACGCCAUUCUGUACUUCUAUCAGUCCGGGGGCCGCUUGAAGAGACCCGUGAACGUGCCGUUUGACAUUUUUUCCGAGGAGGUCAAGUUCUAUGAACUCGGGGAAGAGGCGAUGCUCAAGUUUCGCGAGGAUGAGGGCUUCGUAAAGGAGGAGGAGAAGCCGCUGCCCGAGGACGAGUUCAAACGCCAGAUCUGGCUGCUCUUCGAGUACCCGGAGAGUUCAAGCCCAGCCAGAGGGAUCGCGGUCGUGUCAGUGCUGGUCAUCGUCAUAUCCAUCGUCAUCUUUUGUUUGGAAACAUUGCCAGAAUUCAGGGACGACAAAGAAUUCCUCAGCCCAGGUAAAAACUCAACGCAGGCGGACAAUGGAUUUACGCCGUUCAACGACCCCUUUUUCAUCGUUGAGACGGUGUGCAUCAUUUGGUUCUCGUUUGAGAUCAUCGUGCGCUUCUUCGCGAGCCCCAGUAAAGCUGCUUUCUUUAAAAACGUGAUGAACUCCAUAGACAUCGUCUCUAUUUUGCCUUACUUCAUAACUCUCGGCACAGACCUCGCUCAGCAGCAAGGCAACGGGCAACAGGCGAUGAGUUUCGCGAUCCUGAGGAUAAUACGACUCGUCCGCGUGUUCAGGAUCUUCAAGCUGUCUCGGCACUCGAAAGGUCUCCAGAUCCUGGGGCACACUUUGCGCGCGAGCAUGCGGGAGCUGGCGCUGCUCAUCUUCUUCCUCGUCAUCGGCGUCAUCCUGUUCUCCAGCGCGGUGUACUUCGCGGAGGCGGACGAUCCCUCGUCGCAGUUCACCAGCAUCCCAGACGCGUUCUGGUGGGCUGUGGUGACCAUGACCACGGUGGGCUACGGGGACAUGAAGCCCAUCACGGUCGGGGGCAAAAUCGUGGGCUCGUUGUGCGCCAUCGCCGGUGUCCUGACCAUUGCGCUUCCAGUUCCUGUCAUCGUGUCCAACUUCAACUACUUCUACCACCGGGAGACUGAUAACGAGGACCAGACUCCCGUCGUGGAACAGCCCCCGCCGGGCUGCCCGUACUUUCCGGAUUUCCUGAGAAAAUUCAAAGGGUCCCCAUCGGGGUCGUCUUUGGGUGACAAGGCGGCAGAGUACAUGGAGAUGGAGGAGGGCGUGACGGAAUCUCUGUGCGGGGCUGACACGCAAAGCCCGAGCAGAGGGAACGGUACUGACUUAGGCGGAAAAAACAGUUCACAUUCACGAACCCUACAGACAGAUGUAUGAUUAUGGACGAACGAUAACCUCCUCGGGAGGUUUUCAUAAAGAUGACUGCACAAUUGAAUCAGUUAACAGCACACAUGCACAACUUGAAGACAUAUACAUAGUACGCGCGUGCGCAAACGUUCACUCACUCACACACACACACGCACACACACACACACACACACACACACACACACAAACACACGCGCGCACACAUACAGACACGCACUCGCUCACUCAUCGAGUUCUGGACCUGAGCUGAAACAUUUUUGCAAUGUGGCUACUUUUGUAGUGAAACAUACCCUGUAAUCACGUGACAGGCAACGCAAAAACCACCAGCUUUACGUGACGUGGAGAGGUGUCUCUAUCUGCCCGCGACUCCCGGUUCAUUAACGAAGGCAACAAAAAGGAACUUGCAUAGGCACUUUAUGAGUUACAUUUGUCAGUAAUUGUAGGGAAAAGAGGCGAGUUCUUAUCUAAUGCUAUUAUGCAAUAACGUUUAAAUCGUUUGCACUAUCAUCAAUUAUGUUAUAGUCUCCCAGUUUAAUGCAGAGGAAAGAAACAGGUAACACUGAGGUAGAGAGGGAGGGCAUUGAAAAACGACUCAGUAAUCACACUAUGACUUGCAUUAUUAAUUAAUUCGAAAUACUAGCAAACAUAUACGCUGCAAUCUUCUCUGAUUAAGACUAAUUCAGCUAAUAGCAAUGAUUUUUUUUUUGACAUAUUUAAAUUAUUACGAUUAAUUGGAAAGCAGCAUGCUGCUUAACUUAAUGCAAUGUUAUCUUAAAUCCCAUUAUGGCAAACAUGUCCGCAUGGCAGUAUUCAGUAUGUUCUACACUCUGGUAAAACCCCUCUUAGCACACCCCGUGUAGUUCUUUGUGCAUUGUCCGCAGUUACUGAAGAGUCAUUUUUAGUCAGUCCCUUUUGUGAGUAUUGGAAAACAAAUCAGUCAUGUUAGGUUUUUGAUCAUUAGCACAAUCUUUGAAACAAACACCACACUUCAUCCAUCACGCGAUGCGAGGAUUCAUUUUCUCUAAGCAUCACAGUCACAUUAUGGCACACCGAGGCCAAAAUAACCGGUUCGCAUUGUCUCACAAAGUAAACACCUUGUACAACAGAGUCAACGACACCAUGGCUUGAAGGAUCAGUUGGGCCACAGUUUUCAAGUUACUGUCAUGGGAGUAUAUUUCAAGGGAAUGCUUCAUGCAACUAUUUGUCUUCAUCCCUUUACCAAAUGACAAUGCAUCCCUUUAUAAAAACGCUGGCGGAAAUGUGCAGCACGGAGGGGAACGUGAACUUGGUGGACUUCAUGCACAGCGAUUUCUCGUCCUUUUGGAGUGCACGAUGACCACUGAGCACGCGCGGUGCUUUGCAGAACCCAGGUAAGCAAUUUCAGCGUCAGGAAUUUGCACAGUCACGCAGCCAUCGCGUUGUCAUCAUACACGCUCAGUUUUACCGGCAUCCAGGUGUUUACACAUCUGCGUGGACCCGCUGGUUGUCUGUUAUGGCUAGGAGCAGGUGUUCCACGUGAUCUCAGCAUGCAUGCGAUUUCCACUCGUGUUUUCUCGUUUUAUAAUAAUAUGUCAACAAUGUCUUGAAUUGCUUAGCAACAAGGGGCUUAUUGUCAAAGAGACG